AUGUCCGCUCCCGACCCCGCGCAGCCUGCGCCGGUGACGGCUGCGCCGACCGCCGCUUCAGAGUCGGCCACCACCACCACCACCAACUCCGCCGCCCAGGCACCUCAGCUCGCCGUCACGGCUCCAGUCGAGUCCCCACCCGACACCUUGUCGUCCGACCACGAGAAGGGCUCCCCCACCUCCGCUGCCACUGCCAACCAUGACCUCCCCGCCGUGGACGAAAAGGCCGCCAUGCACAGCAGCCGUCCUGCUUCGCCCGGAUCGCUCCUCCUCAAGCCUGGCACCAGCGGCGCCCCGGCGUCCGCCUCCAAGACGUCGCUUGCCAGCAGCGAGCUUGACACCAAGCUCCCUCCUCAACGGAAAGCCACUCCGCCUCCUGUGAAAAGGAAGAAGGGCCUCUUUGGCAGGAAGAAGAAGGACGAGGGCGGCGACAAGGAGGACCUUGCCGAAUUGAUCAAGCCAGUCUCGCUUGCCCACAUGUUCCGUUUUGCGACCAAGCUCGAGAUUUUCAUGGACGUGGUGGGCGCCAUUCUUGCCGCCGCGUCCGGCGCGGCCCAGCCCCUCAUGACCCUCAUCUUCGGUCGUCUCACCGACGCCUUUACCCAAUUCGGAAUCAUCUCCACCACUGUUGCCUCCGGCGGCAACACUCCGGAGAACGUUGCCACGCUCGAGGCGGCCAGGGCCGACCUCAAGCACCAGGCCGGCCUCGACGCCAUCUGGCUUAUGAUCAUUGGCCUCGGCAUCUUUUUUUGCACAUACGCCUACAUGUGGAUGUGGAACUACACCUGCGAGACGCAGAGCAAACGCAUUCGUGAAAAGUACCUGCACGCCGUGCUUCGCCAGGACAUUGCCUACUUUGAUGACCUCGGCGCCGGUGAGGUCGCCACCCGUAUUCAGUCCGACUGCCACCUUGUCCAGCAAGGUCUUGGCGAGAAGGUACCGCUAUGUUGCCAGUUCCUCGCCACCUUCAUCACCGGUUUCGCCCUGGCAUAUGCCCGUUCGCCACGCCUUGCUGGCGCUCUCACCUCCAUUCUCCCCGUCAUUUUCAUCGCCGGUUCGAUCAUGGGCUGGGCCAUGACCAAGUUUACCACCGUGUCGCUCCAGUACGUGUCCAAGGCCGGCAACUUGGCCGAGGAGGUCAUCUCCUCUAUUCGCACGGUCCACGCGUUUGGCACUGCACCGGUCCUGGGCGAGAAGUUUGACAAGGACAUUCGCAAGUCCCAGAGCAACGGCAUGAAGGGAGCCAUGGUCGAGGGUUCCGGCCUUUCGGUCAUGUUCUUUGCUAUUUACGCGGCGUACGCUCUUGCCUUUGUCUACGGCGGUAUCCUUGUCACCCAGGGCCGCGCCACGGCCGGCAUUGUCAUGAACGUGUUCAUGUCCAUCCUCAUCGGUUCGUUCUCUCUCGCCAUGCUCGCGCCCGAGAUCCAGACUAUCACCAAGGCCCGUGCCGCUGCCGCCAAGCUUUGGGAGACGAUUGACCGCGUCCCCCCCAUUGACUCGGACGACCCCAACGGUCUCAAGCUCGACAACGUCGAGGGCCGCCUCACCUUUGAGAACGUCGUGUUCCACUACCCUUCGCGCCCCAACGUCCCUAUUCUCAAGGGUCUGAACGUCGACUUCCCAGCCGGCCACACUUGUGCCCUUGUUGGCGCAUCUGGCUCGGGCAAGUCGACCGUCAUCCAGCUUAUCGAGCGCUUCUACGACCCUAUCAAUGGUGUUGUCAAGCUGGACGGCCACGACAUUCGCUCGCUCAACCUCAAGUGGCUCCGUCAGCAAAUCGGUCUCGUCUCGCAGGAGCCUACCCUCUUCGCCACCACCGUUCGUGGCAACGUCGAGCACGGUCUUAUCGGCUCUCAGUGGGAGAAGGCCUCGGACGAGGUUCGUUUCGACCUUGUCAAGAAGGCCUGCGUCAGCGCCAACGCCGAUGGUUUCAUCUCCAAGCUUCCCGAGGGGUACGACACUGUGGUUGGUGAGCGCGGCAUGCUCCUGUCCGGUGGCCAGAAGCAGCGUGUCGCCAUCGCCCGUGCCAUUGUUUCGGACCCUCGCAUUCUUCUUCUCGACGAAGCUACCUCGGCUCUUGAUGGUCUUUCCGAGCGCGUUGUCCAGGACGCCCUCGACAAGGCUUCCGUUGGCCGUACCACUAUCGUUGUCGCGCACCGUCUGGCUACUAUCAAGGACGCGUCCAACAUUAUUGUCAUGGGCGGCGGCGAGAUUCUUGAACAGGGCACCCACAACUCCCUCCUCGAGAACGAGGAGGGAGCCUACGCUACUCUUGUUGCCAACCAGAAGCUCUCGCAGACCGCCGCUGAGCACGCCUCCGCGGACGUCGAGGCCGACUCUGAUGAUGACGAGGUCGUUCCCGGUUCGCCCCUUGACGAAAAGUUCCCUGGUCUCAAGCGUUCUGUCACCGGACGCUCCGUCGCCUCGGCCCUUCUCGAGCAGCAGCGUACCCGCCGCGAGGCCGAGGAGGAGGCCAAGGAGAAGAUUGGCUUCUUCACCAUCUUUAAGCGUCUGCUCACUCUCAACAAGGAGCACUGGCGCUGGUACGUUGCCGGCACCGUUGCUGCAAUCUGCAGCGGUAUGGUCUACCCCGCUCUCGCCAUUAUUUUCGGCAAGGCCAUCACCGACUUCCAGAUCCAGGACCCAGAGGAGCUCAAGACGGCCCUCAAUGAAAAGGCCCUCUACUACUUUAUCGUCGCCAUCCUUGCUGCCAUCUGUAUCUGGUGGCAGAACUGCUCCUUCUCCAGGACUGGAUGGCAGCUCACCGGCAAGCUGCGCUCGAUGGCUUUCCACUCGGUGAUGAGGCACGACAUUGAGUGGUUUGACGAGGAGGAGCACGCCACUGGCGCCGUCACGUCCAACCUCGCCGACCACCCGCAAAAGGUCCAAGGUCUCUUUGGUGUCACUCUCGGCUCGAUCAUCCAGUCGUGCGCCACCCUCCUCGGCGGCUGCAUCAUCGGUCUCGCCUACGGCCCGCUCCUCGCCCUCAUCGGUAUCGCCUGUAUUCCACUCGUCGUGUCGUCCGGUUACAUUCGUCUCCGUGUCGUCGUCCUCAAGGACCAAAAGGUCAAGAAGUGGUACUCGGCCAGUACCCAGAUGGCCUCGGAGGCUGCAGGCUCCGUUCGCACCAUCCAGGCUCUCACUCGCGAGGCCGACGUUGACAACAACUACUCCCGGGCUCUCGACAUCCCCUUCAACAUCUCCAACAAGGUCGCUGUUCGUUCUCAAGCUCUUUAUGCCGCGUCACAAGGCAUAAGUUUCCUCGUUAUUGCGCUCGUGUUCUACGUGGGCGCUAUCUGGAUUGCCGAUGGCAAGUACGACACGGCCACCUUCUUCACCUGCUUGACCGCGACCCUCUUUGCAGCCAUCCAAGCCGGCAAUGUCUUCAACUUUGUUCCUGACGCGUCGUCGUGCAACUCUGCCGCUCGCUCGCUCCUGUCGCUCUUUGACAACGUCCCCGAAGUCGACGCCGAUUCGGACGAGGGCGAGGUUGUGGACCCUGCCAAGUCUGUCGGCAAUCUCCGUCUCGAACACAUUCACUUCCGCUACCCCUCGCGUCCUGCUGUCCGCGUUCUUAAGAACUUGACCCUCGACAUCCCCGCGGGCAAGUACGUUGCCCUUGUGGGUCCCUCGGGCUGCGGCAAGUCGACCACUAUCCAGCUCCUCGAGCGCUUCUACGACCCCCAGUCCGGUACUGUCACCAUUGACGGUGUCGACAUUCGUGAGAUGAACGUCCAGAGCCUGCGCUCCCAGAUGGCGCUCGUCUCCCAGGAGCCCACCCUCUAUGCCGGUACUGUUCGUUUUAACAUCCUUCUGGGUGCUGCCAAGCCCAUGGACGAGGUCACCGAGGAGGAGGUUGUCCAGGCUUGCAAGGAGGCCAACAUUUACGAGUUCAUCAUGUCGUUGCCCGACGGCUUUGACACCGAGGUCGGCGGCAAGGGCUCGCAGCUCUCUGGUGGCCAGAAGCAGCGCAUUGCCAUUGCCCGUGCCCUCGUUCGCAACCCCAAGAUUCUCCUUCUCGACGAGGCGACCGCCGCUCUUGACUCGACAUCGGAGAAGGUCGUCCAGGCCGCUCUUGACAACGCUUCCAAGGGUCGCACCGUCAUUGCUAUCGCUCAUCGCUUGUCCACAAUCCAGCGUGCCGAUAUCAUCUACUACAUAAGCGAAGGUGCUGUCGCCGAAAUGGGUACCCACGCCGAGCUCAUCGCCAGGAAGGGAGCAUACUUUGAGCUCGUCCAGAUGCAGAACCUCAGCAAGAUGUAA